AGUCGACUGGUGGCUGUUGGCUCAUUUCAAUGAAAAUGAGAAUAAUAACAGCUCUUGGAUUUCUUCUUUUUUGGCAGGAUUCGGCACAAUAUAUUUUGUCAGCAACCUUAGCUGAAAACGACAAUGAACUCGAAUACUAUGCGUUAAAUUGCAAGGAUUAUGACCAUCCAACUACCUUGUUGAAAUUGAGGAGAUAUCUUUUCUGCGAUUACGAUCCUAAUGUUCGACCGAUUUCGUCCCAUCAAAUCGCCAACAACGUGACCAUGCAACUACUUCCAAAACUGAUGGAAUUCGAUGAUUGGACCAGCGUGAUGGAGUUGCACAGUUGGAUGACCCUCAUAUGGACCGAUUCUCAUCUUUCCUGGAAGCCUAGCGAUUUCGAUGGGAUCAAUUAUAUUUACGUGAGGAGCGACGAUAUUUGGGUUCCCGACAUUUCCGUUUACAAUUCAGGCGACAUGACGUUCGAUCAAACUGGUAUACCAUCUACUACGUGCCUGGUGUUCAGUUCGGGUUCGGUAAGCUGCGUACCAUCGGUGAAACACGUUGCCAAAUGCGCGACAGAUUUUUCCUCGUGGCCGUACGACACUCAUCGAUGCCGGAUUAAUUUUGGCUCGUGGGUCCAUUCAGGGGAGGAAGUGAACAUUUUUCUCGACAAAAAGGGGUUCCACAUGGACGGGUAUACGAAUAAUUCCAAAUGGGAUUUCAAAGUUAUAAAAGCGACCAAAGUGUUGAAGAUGUACGCUUGUUGCCCGAACGACACUUAUCCGAUGAUCGUUUACGAAUUCUCCAUAAGCCGACAUUACGGCAUAUUGCACGCCACCUACGUCAUACCUGCCGUAACAAUGAUGUUGCUCACGUUGACGGUACUAUGGCUGGACUCGAGAUCAACGGAGAGAAUGAUCGCAGCGAGCGUGAAUUUGAUCUGUCAUAUACUUUGCAUGUCCGAUUUGCAUUGGCAAUUACCUCACAAUAGCACCAAUCCUCCCAAUAUACUGCUCUACUAUAGAGAUUCGCUUGCCUUGUCCGUAUUCGCUUUAAUUUUAACCGCUCUGCUUCGGAAAAUGCAAGAAAUGAACAUCGAGGUGCCAUAUUGGAUUUCUAUAAUAACUUCGUUCGUCUUGAACAACAGAGCCGGACGUUUCCUUAUUCUUACCGAGAACGAUACCAAAUUAUCCAAUCAGGGAAUACUUGGCGAAGAGACUGAAAACAAUUCAGAGGUUUCGAAAUCUCGGACUAAGGAAUCGGCGUGGAGACAUUUCGCGGCCAUAAUCGAAUGGCUCUCCUUCUUCAUCGUGAUUUUCACUUACAUCAUCAUUCUGAUCACUCUUGUACCAUCGACCCCAUUUAUUUUUUUAUUCCAGUUGGUAGUGAACCAAUUCGAAAAUACCACAUCUGAUAAAAAUCCGAUAAACGAACGAAAGGGGGCGGUCUUCGAUGUCCAUGGUUUAACAUUUCACUGGGCGUGUUCACUACCUUCUCGAUUCAUCUCGAUCUACUACUAGUCAUUGCCGAUCUGUCAUUUCGUUUUCUUCUCUCUGUUAAACAUGAAGAAUAUAUUCCCCGUUUUAUUCGUGAUCAUUAAUGUUUUAUUACAUGGACAAGUGAUCUGUUAUAUUUGCAAAGACAUCACAAGCACUUCUGCACUUCAUAGAUUGAAACAAUAUCUAUUCUGCGAUUAUGACAGGGAGAUUAUUCCCGAAGAAAAGAAUGGCACUAAAAUUGAUUUUGGAUUAAGCAUUCAACAUUAUAACGUUGAUGAAUAUUCGCACAGCGUCAAUUUCCACGUUCUGCUAAAAUUGAUGUGGAAACAGAAUCACUUCACGUGGAAAUCAUCCGAAUUCGAUUCUAUCAAUUCUAUUCGCGUAAAGAGUUACGAAAUCUGGGUCCCCGAUAUCGUGAUGCACAGCGUAACAAGUGUCGGUGUCGAUCUUGAGAUGCCUUCGGUCGAAUGCAUAGUGUUCAAUUCUGGCACUAUAUUGUGCGUACCGUUCACUACUUAUACACCUGUCUGCGAAUUUGAUCACAGUUGGUGGCCUUACGAUAUAUUGAACUGCACUAUACAUAUUGCCUCGUGGUCUCACGGAAGCAACGAGAUUAAAUUAAACUCUUUGGAUACUGAGGAACGAAUUUUAGAUGAUAUGUAUAAUAAUAACACGGAAUGGGAGAUAGUGCAUAUGUCUCACACCGAACGUACAAUAGAUUCCAAAUUUGGUUUAGGUUUUACCACUGAUUUAUUAUCCUAUAAUAUUCUACUAAGAAGACAUUACUCCAUGAACAGUACGACGUAUGUGACUUUGACUAUAGUAUUAAUGACUAUGACAUUGAUGACAUUAUGGUUAGAACCAAGUUCCACGGAGCGUAUGAUUAUAGCAAAUCUGAAUUUUAUUCUGCAUCUAUUUUGCUUGUUAGAUGUGCAAUGGAGGAUUCCUUUCAAUGGAAUUCAAAUACCAAACUUGAUGUUGUUUUAUGAAAAAUCUCUUGCCCUAGCCGCAUUCUCGCUUAUAUUGACAAGCAUCUUGCGAUACCUACAAGAAUUACACGCUGACGCUCCAACAUGGAUAUCCUCCAUCACUGAAUCGGUUUUAAAAAGCAAAGUAGGACAAGUGUUUUUAAUUACUAUUCUGGAUUCAAAAGUAUCGGCAAGAAUUGAAAUGAACGAGGAUGAUAACACGAGUUUGGUAUCUCUGGAUAGGAAACAGUAUACAUGGAGAUACACGUCCAUUUUAAUCGGAUGGAGUGCUUUCUUAAGUAUUUCAUUCGCUUAUAUAAUUAUGCUAAUUAUUUUUAUACCAAGAAACAAAUAUGAAAGUUUUAAAAGUUAAUUUAUGAAAUUUAACUUAUGUAUCUUUCUUAAUUUAGAAAAUUUAUAUUAGAAAAAAAAAA